AUGCGCUCGCACACCUCAAUAAGGCGGUCUCCCCUGCUGUGUGCACUCCUCCUGGGCGCCGCGCACCUCACGACCGCCACGCCGUACCCACGCGACAUCCUGCACGAUGCGGGCUACUCAUACCUGAUGAACUACGACUGCGAGUCCUAUUGUGGCUCCAACAAUGAGCUUUGCUGCCAAAAGGGCGCAGUGUGUGAGACCCCCGAGGGCGCCGUCCCAACCUGCGUCGGAAACCACAAGAAGCGAGGCGAAGAAUGGGGCGCCAUCACGACGACCUGGACGGAGACGAGGACCUUCACCAGCACCAUCAUGACCCACUGGAUUCCUGCGCCAGAGCCGACAGAGGGCGUGGACUGCAUACCCAAGGCCGCGGAGCAGGAGGCCUGUGGCGAGAUCUGCUGCGCUGGGUGGCAGACGUGUGCGUACGAUGGUCAAUGCUCGGCGAAACCUGGCUACCAAGAACCCACGGCCAUCAUCGUCACCACGGAUGGCAAGACCACGACGCAGUACUCGGCGCCAUACCGCAUCACCGGCACCACGACCAUUGUCAACAGUGGAGGCUACGCGACGGCCACGGUCACCGAGACCGCGUCCGAGACGGAAACCGGCGACGGCGAGCCUACCGAGACUAGUGACAGUGGUAACAUCGGCGCCGGCAGUGACAGUGGUGACGGCGGUCUCAGCGCAGGUGCCAUUGCCGGCAUUGUCAUCGGCUCCAUCGCCGGAGCCAUGCUUCUCCUCCUCCUCGCCUUCUGCUGCAUCGCCCGCGGUCUUUGGAAGGCAUGCUUCGGACGAAAGCACAAGGAGACCGUCGACGUCUACGAUGAGCGCUACUCGCGUCACGGGAGCCGCCCCCCUCCACCCCACGCCGGACGCAACUCGCACGGCGGGUGGUUUGGACGAUUUGGCGGCGGUGGCGGUGAUGCCGGCGAGAAGAAGUCGGGCGGUGGAAAGUGGCUUGGGCUCGCUGGACUCGCGGCUGGUCUGCUCGCGCUUCUCAACAUGAAGAAGGACAAGAAGCCUGUGCGCCGGCCUACUUCGCGGUACAGCGGCUCCUACUACUCGUACUCAGACACUAGUCGUGGCGCUGGUAAGUGA